AUGAGCUCGGAGCCGAAUGCUUUCAAACGUUCUUCAUACAUUACUGACUUAGUUCAAAUCAUAUGCGCUCAACUUCCAGAAUCUAAAAGGCAAAACUUGGAAGAAUAUGCCUUCGGAAUCGCUGCUCGGAUGGCAUACAGUAAUACCAGCUCAACGGAUAGUUUCGUUCUUAUGGAAAAUGUGAAGUUAGCUCUAGCAUCUGAGGGCAAAAUAAGGGAAUCGGUUCUGGUAUCAGAGUUGUUUACCCGUCUAAAUGGGCUAUCAUCAAGGUUGCCAUGUUCUCCGAGCGUCUUGCUAGAGUUUCUAUGCAAGCUCGGAUCCAAGACAUCAGCAGUGAAGUUCAAGACUAUUAGCCCUGUGAAUAGUGAGGCCUCUGAAGCCUUAGGUACUGCUAGAAGAUCUAAUAGUACAAAUAGCUUCAAGAUAUUAGCACCUGCCAUACCUCACAGCUCUUCGACAUCGAACAUGGCUGUGGUACAGAGGCCUAACAACCUUCAGUUGAAGCAAACACCUGGCUUAAAUGAUGAAAGAUCAACAACAGUUCGCGAAAUUCUCUACGCGUUGCAAGGAAUUCCGGGAAAUUCGGUUGACUACGUUCUAUACCAAGACCGCUUCUUGCUAAGCCGUCAUUGUAAAGUAAGCGAAAGUUUUGCUACUCACGCUAACAAGAUUUGCAGCAUGGGUUGGUUGUAUAUCAAGAUUCGAAAAUUUAUCGACUCGAAAUCUGCAGACAAAACUUACGGUUUGAUUGGUCAAAGCUUGUGUAGUGCCUUACAAGGCGAACUAAGUGAAUUUGAUCGGCUUAUUGCGGCGAUUGAAUCACAAGUUGUUCAAGAUCGUGAUGUCAGUGUUAAUACUGGUGAAUCAGUUACUCUAUGUCAGCUAGAUGUUUGGCUGUAUGACGCAUAUCAUAGAUUCAAAAUGAUUCUAUCUCUUGUGGAAAACUGUCGUAAUAAAAAAGGCGGGGCGUUAUUGACAUGCGUUCACUCGUUUACACAACAUGGGGACCCGGAAGUUAAGUCAACCAUGAAAAGAAUUCUGAAGUUGAUGUUACAUCCCUUGCUUAGUAUGAUUCUAUCUUGGCUGACUUUUGGCGAACUAGUCGACGAUUACAGCGAAUUUUUCAUAUCCGCUAAGCCUGAAGUAAAACCUGAAAAACUCUGGCAUGAGAAAUACUGGGUUAAUCUUCAGAUGCUGCCAGUGUUUAUUCCUGAACCCCUGGCCAACAAAAUGCUAUUAGUUGGAAAAUCGAUCAAUUUCAUAUCUCAAGUCUGCAAGGAAAGAUAUCUUGAAGAAAAAGAAACCGAUUUGACCGAUAGUUCAAAACGCAUGGAAUCUAAUAUGAGAGAUCUCGAAGAGAACUUUGAGGGCAAUUUGACUAAGUUAGUAACAGAGCGACAGACUAGUAUAAAUGGCCAAGUUUUGCAGCUGUUAAUGCACAAGUACAAAUUUGUACAUCACUUAAAAGCUUUCAGAAGAUACUUGCUAUUCGGUCAAGGGGACUUUAUCCGACAUCUAAUGGACAUCUUAGGCGUUGAGUUAGACAAACCAGCCACUGAAUUGUUCAAACACAGCCUGACAAGCUCGCUAGAAACAGCAAUAAGAGCAACCAAUGCUCAGUUCGAUGAUGCUGAAAUUCUAGAGCGUCUGGACGUUAGGCUGCUUGAAUGGUCGCCGGGGGACAAAGGAUGGGAUGUGUUUAGCUUACACUACCAUGUCUCAGGAGGCGGACCUCUUUCUACCGUUUUCACUAAUCAAUGCGUUUUGUUGUACUUGAGAAUUUUCAAUUUUCUCUGGCGCUCUAAGCGCAUCGAAUUCGUUCUUAGUCAAAUGUGGAUUGAACAAAUUUCAUACGUCAGACUUUUAAGAGAUCUAGGCCGCCCGGUUCAAGCAGUGCUUCAUAAGUGUAAAAUGCUUCACGGAAACAUGAUGAAUUUUGUCUUGCAGAUGCAGUAUUACCUUAUGUUUGAAGUUCUAGAAUGUUCCUGGGCCCAGUUGCUCGAAAACGUGAACAAAUCCCCAAAUUUGGAUCACAUCAUUGCGGCGCACCAGACAUUUUUGGAUACUAUCAUUUCGGGUGCCUUAUUAGAACAGGACUUACAUUUUAUCCUUAGUCAAAUUAGAGCGAUUUUCGAUAUCAUAGUUCAGUAUCAGCAAAUGCAGAGUCGCUUCUUCGACGCGGCAUUAACUGUAGCAUCUUUGGCUGAAACGAAAGAGUCCGCCGGUUCUAAAAUGAAAAGUUUCAAUAAAGAAACCUUGCCGAAGCUAAGAGCAGAGUUGAAAAUAGUAUCAACUUCGUUUAAGGACGCAGUUACUAACUUGUUACUUAGCUUAUUAUCGCAGCCAAAUGAGUUAUUGCAAAGUUUGGCCUAUAGAUUAGAUUUCAAUGAUUUCUACAAAAACAAGGACGCACGGCUAAAACAGUCUUACAAACAUAUGCGAAUAGCUGGCCGAUGA